AUGGGAAAUCCUUUCUUGGAUGAUUUCAAAGAUCUUGUGACUCUUGACAGCCGGAACCGCACAGAUAAAUCCGUCGUGAAUACAGUACUCAUCUUGGAAGAGACAGGAAAGAGACAAUAUCAGGAGUUUAUCAAGAAGGUGCUUGAAGAACGGACACGCUCCAUCCAUGAUCCAAUCAAGAGGAAUGCCUUGGCACUCUUCAGGCAACCUCGACGCAAGACAAUGGCGAAACAUGGGAAAAAAGAUCAAAACUUUGGGAAACUUCAUCUGACCGGCACCAAAUCUGACCUGCUGCAAUGUCUUGAGCACCCAGGGCAACCAGAGCCACCCUCAACCUAUGACUGCAAAGUCCUUGAUAGAGCAGUCAUUGUCCACUGCCUGCCCACUCUUUUCUGUGCGGCGGCGGACGGCAGCGGACCGCUGCAUGGACGACACAAGCGAGAAUGGAUCAUCCCGCCCCGGAAACUGAAGGAGAACUUCGACUACACCGGCUAUGAAUACAUUGCAAAAAUCCGUUCUGAUAAGGAGUACAGUUCAAAGGUGACCUAUUCUCUAACAGGUUCUGGUGCCAACGAUCCCCCUGUCAACUUGUUCACUGUCGACCCUAACACGGGCCUGAUGAAAAUCACCGGCAUCCUGGAUCGAGAGACCACAGCUACGUACGACUUACUAGGUGUGGCACAGUACAGCGAUGGGAGCCGUGCCGAGGCCGACAUCAACAUUCGUGUCGAAGUUCAGGACGAGAAUGACUGUGCGCCGGUGUUCGCAAUGCAACAAAUGGGAUAUGUCGCCGAGUCUAGUGCAGCAGGCACUUUGGUGAUGAGGGUGAACGCCACCGAUGCAGACGAGCCCAACACGCUCCGCACGCAAAUCUACUACAGCAUCGUGGAGACCGUGUCCUCCCGCCGCAUGUUCUCCAUCAACUACCAAACCGGAGACGUCAUGGUUCUGCAGAACACUCUGGACCGAGAGACGCAAGAUACUUACACGCUGACGGUCAAGGGAGCGGAUAUGAACGGAGCAGCUGGGGGCAACUCGGGCAGCGGGACCAUCACAAUCAAAGUGAUGGACAUCAACGACAACGUCCCCACCCUGGAAGAGGAAACGUACGUGGGCUCGGUUAAGGAGAACACCGUCGACGUUGAGGUGGUGCGGAUCAGAGCUAUCGACCUGGAUCAGAUGUACAGCGACAAUUGGCUGGCUGUCUUCUCCAUCGUGUCUGGCAACGAAGCGGGCUAUUUCACCGUCACCACCGACUCCAAGACCAACGAGGGCAUCGUCAUGAUCCGUAAGGCUCUGAACUACGAGGAGAUCCGAACGCUGCGCCUGGUCGUGACCGUCGCCAACAAAGCCAAGUACAGCGUGGCCGUCCCGGCCGCCAAGCCCUACCCCAUCACGAUCAACGUCAUCAACGAGAAGGAGGGCCCCCGCUUUCAGCCCAGCGUCAAGGUGGUGACCAUCUCCGAGGAUCAAACCACCGUCAGCAUCAACAAAGUCAUCACCAACUACGCGGCCAUCGACAGCGACACGCUCGAGGUCGCCACCAACGUCAGGUACGCCAAGCUGCACGACAUUGACAACUGGCUUAUCAUCGAUGAAAACACAGGGGACGUCCGACUGAAUAAACUGCCUGACCGGGAGUCCAAGUAUUUGAGCAACGGCACAUAUUAUGCCAAAAUAAUAUGCAUCACUAACGAGAUGCCCUCCAAAACCGCCACCGGGACCAUCGCCAUCCAGGUAGAAGACUUCAACGACCACUGCCCCAGACUGACCAGCACGACGCAGACCAUGUGCUACCAGGACAACGCGGUGUACGUCACAGCCGUGGACGAAGACGAGUUCCCCAACUCGGCACCCUUCGGGUUCAGCGUCAUCCACAAGGACGGCAAGCAAAAGUGGACGGUGGAGCAUUUCAAUGAGACGACCUCCAUUCUUCGAGACCAUGCCAGCUUGUGGCCGGGCAGUUACAAAGUGACCGUGGAGGUGAAGGAUCAACAGGGGAAGCUAUGCGAUGAUGUCCAGGAGCUGAACGUGAUCGUGUGCAGCUGCCUGGACGGCACCAAGACCUGUGUGAACCGCCAGCAGAGCACCGCCACGUUCGGAGCCCCGGGAGUCCUCCUCCUUCUUCUUGGGCUACUGCUGCUGCUGUUGGUGCCCCUCCUUCUGCUAUUCUGCCUGUGUGGAGGAGCGGCGGCCGUGGGAGAUUUCAAGGCCCUUCCAUUUGAAACCAAACAAGAGUUGAUCUCAUAUCACACCGAGGGACAGGGAGAAGACAAGGAUGUCCCUCUCCUACAAGUCCCAGCAGAGGUGGACCACGGGAUGGUAACUGAUGGCAAUGUAAACAUACCUUGGGAAAGCGGGUUCUUUAGAGGCGUAGAAGGAGGUGCCAAGGGGGCAGGAGGAGCUAUAGUCAGCGAUUUCAUCUCUUCCUCUACGGUCACAGCCGGAAACGUGGCUCGCGGCUAUGGGUCCCACUACGCCACAGGCCAAAUGGAGAUGGAUAACAUGGACAGGGACAUCAUGAGAGGACAGGGGCACCUGUACUCCAGUUACAGAACCAAGGCAUACGAUGGUCUGGCCUUGUCUGAAUACUUCCUGGAGGACUACUAUUCAUCGAAGUCCAACCAUGCUGCCCAGCAGUCCCAGAUGAAGGACACCUUACUAAUGUAUGACUAUGAGGGCCAGGAGUCCCCAGCGGGCUCUGUUGGCUGCUGCAGCCUCCUGGACAAUGAGGAUGACCUUGAGUUUCUCAAUGACCUAGGACCCAAAUUCAGAACCUUAGCAGAGAUCUGCCAAGGUUCAGCCUUUGAAACGGUGGAUGUGACCACAUCUGUCCGUCCGCCCAAACCAGUGCUGCCCACCAGGCCAUCCACCUCCACCCACACACACACACACACCCAUACAGAAGCCAUCAGAGACAGGGACCACACUAAAGUCAACACCCUCAACACCUCCAAUGUGGCGUCUGAAUCCUCCACCAUUAUCAAAGAGAGGCUGGUCAGUGAGAGAGCUCAGGGUAUUGGCACCACUCGAGGAGCACACGUCCAAGAAAACAUUGUGAUUCCCAACCAGACGCUGCUCAUUCAGCAGCAGCCCACUGUGUACUAUGCUUCUACCCCAAUGUACGUGGUCGAGCCCCAGUCCCAGAUGAUGCUUGUAACAGGGGGUGCCCAACAGGCAAUGAGUCAUGUGGGUCAAGGGCUAGUGCAGGUCGGGGGUCUUCAUGGCUCCCAAGGUAUGGUACUUGUAGAGAACCAGGUGGGAGUGGGUGGAGGAACGGGCCUGAUCUCACAGGGCAUGGACCGGGUGGUGACGGGGUUAGUGGGGUGUGUUACGGAAGCACCUGCUCUUUCACAAGGAAGCAUCUCCACAUCCAAGCAAGUACUGCUGGUAGAAAAGGAAUCGGCAGCAUCUUCCGGUGUAGGGAGCGGUGCAGGCUUAGUGCAGGCCAUUCUCCAGACACGACAGACGUCCUCAGAUCAGGGCUUGGAGGCCAGAGGUCAUGGUGCACAGGUGAUAGGUCAGAGUCUUUCAAUGAGUCACAGCUCCCAAGGCGGCUCUGCCGGGUCAAAUGAGGACUUUGCUUUAAAAACCACCCCUGCAGCGCAAGGCAGCCAAAGAGUGGUUGUGCAGCAAAAGAAGAUGUCAGUCAUCGAGAGAAAUCUUGAGACCAGCACAAGAGCAUGAAAUGUAGUGUGGAAUGUAGAAAGUCAUAACAGUUUUUAUUUCUGCUCGACUAAAUGACCUGUAUAUAAAUAACAUGAUUCAUAGCUGAACGCGCAAUAGCUCUCCUCCCAGAUGUUUAAAGCUACCAUUCACAUGGCUUUGGCCUACACAUGGUAGCGUUUGUGUCAUCACCAUGGCUCUUCCAAGUUGUAUGAUCACAGCUUUGUUGCCAUCUGGGGAAACGUUUAUCAAAAGUAAUUACUGUAAUUAGAAGGAAGCGUGUCUGAAUGUCAAAACAAAUAUACUGUCGUAGCAGGAGAAGCCUGCAGAGGAAGUUGAAAUGAAAUGCACUGCAGUUUUAAAUACACUAACCUAAGAUGCCGUUGCAAAAUGAAUUUGGCUUUAUCGGUUUUUUGUGUUGUGGGAAAUCCCCUUUGGGAAGACUUCCUUGCUCUGGGAAAGUGACACAACACAGACAGUUAUGAAGAAUUGGAAGGGUAAGCAGAAGGACUAUUUGCCAAGUUCAGUUUAGACAUGCCUUGCACUUGUCCUCUACAUUUAAACCAUGCUAACUACCGGGAGCAGUGGACGCCCAGUUCUCCGGCAGCCCAGGACCAGCUCCAAAUCUAGAGCCAGAGCCUUGGUCAAGGGACAGGGCAGGAUUACGCCCCCUCAGCCCUCUGAAAUGCGUUUGUUUCCUUCUGCUGUUGUGCAUUAUCGAAAGUAUUACAUACUCAUUCGCUGACAACUUCGCUUGUUAUUUUUGUGCCUUUUGGGAUGGCACCCGUCGUCCCCUGAAGACGUUUUGAGUUGAGUACGCCAGUUCUCCCAUUUGAGGAUUAUGUCCCCAACAUAAUGUCACUAAAGCAAUUUUAUUGACCAAGUAUGUGCGGUUGAGGGAGAGGGGCUCUAAAUGCAUCUUAAAUCUUUCCCAGCCGGGGCCGCUUCAGUCGCUGGUGUGGACAGGGGAGUCUUCCUGUGGGGACAGACAGAGAGAGGAGUGGAUGAGUCAUGGAUGGAAAGCUGGGGGAAACCAAGUAAUCCAUUGUAUUUCAUCCGUUUUCCUACACCGUCAUGUUGCCGCUUGUUGCCAUUCGCUCAGGUCUGAUCCUUCUUUACCGUCACAACUUUCUCUCACUAGCCAGAGGAAAUGUUGUUCUAGAGACUUAUUGUUACUGUGCUCUCCUCUAGUUGUUUGUUUGGGCCUUCUUCUUGGCAGGAGGCCAAUAGCCGUUUCACCUCCAGGUCCGCCAGAGCUUGGAAUAAUAGUACCAAUGCUCCCAUGCUGUAACCAAGCUGUCCGUCUCCUCCCUGGAAGAGGCUGUUGGCCUCGGGUUGUUGAAUGAUGGUGCAAAGCGUUUCCCCCGACCCACACCUCAGCAAGUCCUUUCACACAGAUUGAAGAGCUUGGCUUGCGUAUGUGAAGCACAGUUUAUUAUUUAGUGCUCCCAACUCAAAAUACUGCCCAUCUUUAUUUUUUGUGUUUACAAGCAUGAAACAUGAGACAAUGUAAAGCACACACGGAUUUAGCUCUUUCAAGCUCUCAGUUUACCAGUCAGUCUUCGUUCCAACCCUCACGUAUGGUGAUGAGCUUUAGAUAGUUUCUGAAAAGGUGAGAUCACGGAUACAAGUGGCUGAAAUGAGUUUCCUCCGUAGGGUGUCUGGGCUCAGCCUUAGAGAUAGGGUGAGGAGCUCGGACAUCUGGAGGGAGCUCGGAGUAGAGCCGCUGCUCCUUCGCGUCGAAAGGAGCCAGUUGAGGUGGUUCGGGCAUCUGAUCAGGAUGCCUCCUGGGCACCUUCCUUUGGAGGUUUUCCGGGCAGGUCCAACUGGGAGGAGACCCCGGGGUAGACCCAGAACUCUGGAGGGACUACAUGUCCAGUCUGGCCUGGGAACGCCUUGGGAUCCCCCAGGAGGAGUUGGAGGGCGUUGCUGGGGACAGGGACGUCUGGAGAGCCCUACUUAGCUUGUUGCCACCGCGACCCAACCCGGAGAAGCAGCUGAUGAUGGAUGAAUGAAUGAAUGAAAGCCGCAGGAGGCACAUAACACCCAUUUCCAUGCUUUGUAUAUAGAGACUUGGCCUCAUCACACCAGCUCUCUAGAGUCCUGGUAGGUGGUAAGCUUAGCUAUGUAUAUAUUUCCACGGUCCAACCUAUUUUGUCAAGAAUAGGAAAACCUGUCGUGCCAACAAUUCCAAACAUUAACACAGCCUGAAGUGGGGCAGAAUUUUCAAACAGUGGUGCUACGUUGCAGUUACCGGAGCUUUUAAAGACAAACGCUGCAAAUUCCAAAUAUCCAUUUACUGCAAGUUUGGAGUUUUCAAAAUAACUUGUUUAUAUUUUAGCCCAACAUUGCGAGAAGUCGGGGUUCUUUAUCUCCAGAUUGUGCAGAGGGACCGCGUGGGGUUUUGCUCCGUUGCUCAUAUUGUUUGGUGUGCGUUGUUGUUCUUUCUCCGUUGUGCCAUGGCAAAAUGUGCAGCAUGUACCCCGCAGAUGCACCACGGCCGCACCAAAGAUUUGCACACUGUACAUUAGAAUGCUGGCAUUGUGUGAAAUCCUUCAUUAAAAGGUGUGUAUGUUGAAGCUAAUUUAGAUUAACUAGAUUAUGGGGAUUGUGUGGGUAUGUGGCAAAUAAAAUAAAGUGUUGAAUUUCCAAGUAAUUUUUGCAAAGUGACUUUUACAUUGAUGUUUUCACUACUGAUACAUACGUCUAAUAACCUUAUUUGUUUGUGGCUAUGUUUGUGGUAUUGGUGUUAUUUUUUUCAUUUUUUUUUCAGUUGCUAUUUAACUUUUGCACUAGUCACUGAAAUAAAGUUUCAUUGUUG